AUGCAAGCCCUUCUUUACGUACGACCAACUGGAACGCCACCAAGUGAUUCAGGCUCCUUGAGCUCAGAUGAAGAAACAGGCAUCGGCAGAAAGCGCCGGCAUGUCACUGAGCAUAACGAUGAAGAAGUGGUAGAGAAGAAACUAAAGGAGGAAAAGAUUCGUGUCCUCGAGUUCCUACACAAGAAGGGGUUGGUAACGAUUGACUUACUGAGAGCAGCAGAAAAUAUUCUGCCCAGAGAAGAGAUUGAAAGGCGGACAAGAAAAGUAUUAUUGGAAAUAGAUGAAUACGGGAUCGACCUUCUGGAGGUGAAAUCAGGCUGCGCAGUCAUCCACUUGGUUCCAGACAACGACGAAAGCUUGGAAAGGUUUUGGACAGACUACAGGUCUGGACAGCUGAGUAGUGACCUUUCAAAAUACCUCAUUACGGAUGGGAUGCGAGAUGUUGCCGGUCAGGACUUGAUGAUAGGAGUCAUCAUACUGGAGGAGCAGUACAGGCAGUGGAAGGAUUAUUUUCAUCUCAGAGACAAACCACAAGGAGUCAUGAAGCUGCAAAGUCUGGCGAUUGCAACUAAAUCUGAACUGCGCCCCGAAUCAGCUGCCACAAAGAUGAGAGCCAUGUUAAAACGUGACAAAGAAACCCGACAGGAACUCCUCCAACUGUGUGAUUCUGCAACAGAAUUACUAAUGACCACAUUAGAACCUGAUGUCCGUCAACAAAUGCGCAUCUUAUCUGGAGACGUUGGUGACAUUCUGAAAAGAUGUCGAGACCAACUUGCCAAAGACGACUACCCAAUACUUGUUGCAGGAGAAACUUCCUCUGGGAAAAGCACCCUUUUGAAUGCCAUACUUGGGGAAAACAUCCUUCCAACAUCGUUGCUAGCUACGACAUCAGCUAUCUGUGAGAUCAAGUACGGUACCAGGAAGAAAGCAGUAUUCCACCUAAAUGAGCCGGACCCCGUCACUGGUUUGAAGGUCCUCAAUAUGUACCUAGAUGGACCAGCAGAAGAGGACCUGAAGACAAUUUCCCGAUACAUACACAUGAGAGGCAACAAACUCUCACGUUGCAGUAAGGUGGAAAUCUACUGGCCGUUGACUAUGCUAGAGGGCGGCAUUUGUAUUGUGGACAGCCCUGGUCUGGGAGAAAGUUUGUUGGUGGACGAACAAGUCAGCAAGUACAUUCCUGAAGUAUAUGCCCUCAUCUAUGUCAUCAAUAUUGCCAACGCAGGUGGCCUGCAGCAAUGGAACGUGAGUAGGCAAGCGUUCUCCAACCUCAUUCAAUCAAUCAACCAAUCAAUUAACCAAUCAAUUAACCAAUCAAUCAAAGGGGGAUAA